CUACCCAGAAACCACCACAGCCGCCAUUUUGUGGACUCAACUUCCUCCAGUUGCACUAGGUCAAGAAUCAUGGCGGAGAAACUUAAAACGUACCGACUGUCCGAAAUAAAACAACACAAGGACUCAAAGUCGACUUGGCUUGUCAUUCACAACCAAGUGUAUGAUGUCACCAAAUUUUUGGAAGAGCACCCAGGAGGGGAGGAGGUUUUGUUGGAGCAAGCAGGUGAUGAUGCCACAGAGUCUUUUGAAGAUGUAGGACAUUCGACAGAUGCCCGGGAGUUGAUGAAGGAUUAUUUGAUCGGGAACGUGCAUGAGGAUGAUAAGAGUAACAAAAGUGUCAAGACCAACACUGGUCCACAAGUUGGAGUUCAAAAUGAAGGAAGCAGCUGGACAGGGUGGCUACUUCCCCUUGGUAUCGCCAUCGCCGCGGCCCUUGUGUAUAGGUUCAUCAUUUCUCCAGCAGCUAACUAGACCGCUCAGUUCCACAUAAUACAACACUAGUGUUAAGACUCAAUGAGGACUUGGCGUUAACCCUUUUACACGUGUCACUCUUCCAAGAGGCCAUCAUAAAUUGUAAGAACAAAUAUCUUCAUUCUUAUGUAUUCAUUCCAGUUGCUCAGCUACUGACAGAUUCCUUGGGUGGCCGUGUAAAGGGUUUGCUAGGUUUAGAUGUAUUGUUGAGAGGGCAACGCAACACAUUUAUUGGGAUCAAAUUGAUUAAUGAGUGAAGUGAUUCAGAAUAACACUGUGUUCAGUACAAUAUUUUUUGAGGAUAAUUUUCAGAUAUUAUCUGAUAUAAUGUAAUAUUGUUGAUUUUGUGUAGUGCCAUACCUUUUAUAUUUUAUGUUUCACGGAUAUAUUCCAUCUUUUUCCACACAAAGUUGGGCUAAAUAAAAAUAAAAAUAUAUAGCCAUGGCAAUCAUUUAUUUAUUUAUUUGUAUGAAAAUCAUUCUGCCGUUAUGUGAAACCUGCAGCUGGCACUUGAAUCACUGAUGGUGAUGUAGACAUGGAAUUAAUGUAUACAGGUAAUACUUUUUAACCUGGGUCUAUAUUACUAGCCGGAGACUAAUAAUAUUUUUAUUUUUUUUUCUGGCGGCUUUUUAGUUGGGGCAGAGGGCCCGUGAAAUGAAAAUAUAAAAUGUGUGGCCUGAGAAAAUAAAAGAUUAAACCACAAUCCAAGUUUUUCCUUUUUAAUCUGUAACCAAAAAUAAGGGAUGUAUUCAGAUAGAAUGUAAGUCUUCCUUCCACUGCACUGAUUUGGCUUGCUUCAUUGACAGAUGGUUGGCAAUCUAUAUAUAUGACAGGUGUAUACAAGUUGAAUGUUUGACAAGCGAUUUUGUUGACUGGUGCUGUGUGAACUAUGGUAAUAGUGUUGUGAUCAAUUUAUAUUUCACAUUUAUUCAGAGCUUUUAGUAUUGAGUCCUUUAUUUUCUAUGUGUCUCUUUCAAGUAGGUUUCUCAGGUAGCGUCAUCCUAUGACUGAAGUAGAUAAUGAUUAUCGUUGGACACUAUGCUUGAUACUGAUACCUGCAGGACUUAGUGUUUCUUGACUCCUGUAUCACUGAUGCUGUUUUAGCAGCAAACUAUGGACUACUGAAAUAUGCCUUGUGUAGAACGGUCAUCAAUAUGUUGAUAAAUCAUACCAAUUUUA